CAUCCGUCUUUCCUACAAGUUUUAGAAGCUUAUAUACUCUUCUUUCUUUCGUGCUGCCUAAACGUUGCGACUUUACACUAACCAAGUCAAGUAACCAACAUGCUAACCCUAGCCUCGGCCUCUCAUAAAACGCGUACACUUAAAUAGGCUGAACAUUUGGUGUGUUUGGCGUCGCAUAUGCCAGGACGCUGGACGUCUUUUAAUCUGAAGCCUUCUCUCAAUUUAUUAUUAUGAUUAAAAAGGGGGUUGUUAUCCUUAUCAUCAGAAAACACACUUUCCUCAUCUCACCACGAAACCGAAGCCAACAUGACUAACUUCAAGAUAACGUUCGCUGUCACGAGCGUCAUGACAGCCAUCGUGGUGGCCUCAGCACCUCAACUCCUACCGGAACGCUUCUCACGAGCCGUAGUCCGAUUCCUCGUCUACGACCUCGUCCUCGCACUCUUCUACACUGUCUUCAUCUGGCCCUUCCUCUUCAGCCCGCUCCGACACAUUCCGGGACCCACUAGCUACAACCUCCUCUACGGUAACGGCACAGCGCAAUUCUCCAAACCUCCCGGCCAGGAAAUGCUUAAUUGGGUACAAGACAUUCCCAACAACGGCCUCAUCUGCUUCCGCGGCUUCUUCAACCAACAUCGCCUCAUCCCCACCUCGCCUGAGACCCUGAAAUCCGUACUCUCCGACAACUCUUAUGAUUUCGAGAAACCCCUGUCGAUCCGGAAAUUCUUGGUCAAGAUUCUCGGCGCCGGAUUGAUUCUUGUGGAAGGCGACGUGCAUAAAUUCCAAAGGAAGAACGUGCUGCCCAGUUUCCAGCUGAAGCAUAUCAAAGAACUGUAUCCCGUGUUUUGGGGCAAGAGUCGCGGGUUAGUGGAAGGGAUUGAGAAAGAGUUAGCCGCGAGCGGGAAUCCGGAAGACCACGUCGUGGAGUUCGGAGAAUGGGCGACUCGGGUAACGCUCGAUAUCAUCGGGCUUGCCGGGAUGGGCAGGGACUUCAAUGCUGUGCGGAACGACGAUGAUCCCUUGGUUCAUGCGUACAAUGAGCUCCUAGAGCCGACGGUGGAGCGAGCGAUUUACUUUGCAGCGAAUAUUAUUGGGCCCCAGGAUCUGGUGCAGAAGCUGCCGAUUAACCAGAAUAAGCUGUUGAGGGAGACGACAGGGAAAUUGAAGUAUUUUUGUUUGCAGACUGUUAGGGAUAGGAGGGAGAAGGCAAAAUUAAAGGGGGAAAGAGGGAAUGAUAUUCUGAGUCUUUUGAUUGAGACGAAUAAUUUCAGUGACAAGGAGUUGGUGGAUCAGAUGUUAACUUUCCUUGCUGCUGGCCAUGAAACAACAAGCAGCGCCCUAACAUGGGCCGUCUGGCUCCUAGCCACAAACCCAGGCUGGCAAACCCAGCUCCGUGACGAGAUCCGCGAGCAUCUCCCCUCCAUAACCUCAACCGAGCUUCCCAGCGACGCCGAGAUCGAAGCCGUGCCCAUCCUCAAUGCUGUCGUGAACGAGACGCUACGUCUCUACCCCACGGUUCCUCUCACCAUCCGCCAAGCUACGCGCGAUACUUAUAUCGGAUCUCAACCGAUCGCCAAAGGAACCCGUGUCCUGCUCGUCCCGUGGGCUAUCAACCGCAGUAAACACCUCUGGGGCGAAGAAGCUGAGAAGUUUCUCCCGGGGCGGUGGUUACAGCCUGGAACUGCAAAUACGGGUGGUGCGAAGAGCAACUACGCGCAGAUUACGUUCUUGCAUGGACCGAGGAGUUGUAUAGGCAUGGGGUUUGCGAAGUCGGAGUUUAAGUGCAUGCUUGCUGCUGUGGCAGGGAGAUUCGAGUUGAAGAUGGUGGACCCGAAUGAGAAGGUUUGGCCGGCGGGCGUGAUUACUACCAAGCCGGUGCAUGGGAUGCAUGUGAAAAUGAAGAGAAUUGAGGGGUGGUAGGAUUUAAUUUUUGGAUAGGGCAGGAGAAAGGAGUUCUAGCAUAUAUGAACUCUCAUUGCAAUGUAUUUCCCAUCUUGGAAGGCUUCCCCAUCUAUGGUACCGGAGACGUAGCAUGGCCUUACCAAGUAAAAGGCAUUCCGGUGGGAGUGUCGGCAAUUGGUCAAGUCUGCAGUCAUUACACCAGAUUCCCGCAAGAGAAAUGGCACUUCACCAUCCCGUGCCAAAAGAUGACAUCAUUAGGAAGACGGCAAAUGCUCCGAGGCCCAUCCGGCCUCGUUCUAUGAUGAAGAAUCGAGUGUGUUCAAUCGUUGGCCGAAUCAAAAUUUCACAGUGGUGUUUCAAGCUUGGAUGUAUUUGCUCAGUUCCCGCAGGCUGUACUGGCGCUGUAGCUCCUUUGUCAUACUUUGUAAUCCGAAGUACCCAAAGUCGGUUUCGUCCAGUGUGUCAAAAAAAAAAU